UUUAAUGUUCAGGAAGGACUUGGAGAAGGUGAGAGUCUGUACACUUCAGCCACCAUGUCUGGAAUUGGCAAUUUGUCUGGCAAUUGGCAAAAAAUGUCUGGAGAGCCUGGCCCUUCUGCACCUCCAGAGAAAAAGGCAGGGGUCGAAGAUUCAGGCACCACUGUGGAGACCAUUAAACUUGGUGGUGUUUCAUCAACGGAGGAGCUGGACAUCCGGACCCUGCAGACCAAGAACCGGAAGCUCGCAGAGAUGCUCGACCAGCGCCAGGCCAUCGAAGAUGAGCUGCGGGAGCACAUUGAGAAGCUGGAGUGUCAGCAAGCAACCGAUGAUGCCUCUCUGCUGAUCAUCAACCGAUACUGGAAUCAGUUUGAUGAAAAUACCCGCAUCAUCCUUAAACGCUUCAACCUGGACCAAGGUCUUGGAGACUUUUUGUCUGAAAGAAAAGCACUGGUGGUGCCAGAACCUGAACCAGACUCUGACAGUAAUCAGGAGCGCAAAGAUGAGAGAGAACGAGGGGAAGGACUGGAGCCAGCAUUCUCCUUCCUGGCCACUCUAGCCAGCAGUACCAGUGAGGAGAUAGAAUCUCAGCUGCAGGAGCGUGUGGAGUCCUCCCGCCGAGCUGUUGCCCAGAUUGUGACAACGUAUGACAACCUUCAGGAGAAGAUGAACGUGCUGUCUCACAAGCUGAAUAGUGGAGAUAUUUCACUGAUGGAAGAAGCAGUAGUGGAGCUGCAUUCCUGCCUGUCACAUGAGAAUGGACGGCUGCAGGAACUGGUUGAUGUUCUUCAGGAGAAGCACAGAGUCAUGUCUCAGGAGCUUGAGGAGAUGAAUGCAGAACUGGAAGAGAAUAAAGAGCUUGCUGGGAAUUGCCUUAAUGAAGUGGAGGAGCUAAGUCAGGAUCUUGAUGAGGUUGAGCUGCGACGAGCCGUGGAAGAGGCUGUGAAGGAGACCCCGGAAUAUCGCUGCAUGCAGUCCCAGUUUUCUGUUUUGUAUAAUGAGAGUCUCCAGCUGAAGGUGCACCUUGAUGAGGCCCGCAUGUUGCAGGCAGUCUAUUCGUUUUAUUUAUACAAUUCGUUGGUUUGUUCCUGUUGUCCCCCCGCAGUUCUGUGUUGGUUUCACCCACUUGUCAAUUAUUGUAAACCCUUCCAUCCUACCCUGACUCCUCCCACUUCCCCUUGGGUGGUUCCUCCUCCUCAGGGGCGUGUCCCCAAAGUGUGACCUCACAAAACCCCACCCCUUCCGGCCGCUGCUCCUCCCUUCAGCCCUCCUCCUCAGUCGGUCCUCCAGCCCCGCC